AUGGAUGAAGAAAAUUUAAGAAAAUAUAAAGCUAAGAAACAAAGAUUAGAUUUAAGACAAAAUCUAUUAGAUGAGCUUUCUAAAUAUUCAAUAAAGAAUACAGAGGCAUUUAAAAAGAAGAAGAUUAAAAAAGAUAAGAAGAUUGUAAAGAAAACAACUUCAGUUGUUACCGGUGAUAAGAAAAAGACUUCAUUUAAAAUUUUAAAGCAAAAUGAAGAUAGUUCUAGUGAGACAGAAGAGGUUAAAGAUUAUAAUGAACUGAUUAAAAAUGAAAAGAAUAUUGAAAUUACUGAGAAUGUUCAAGAAGAAUUUAAUGAUAUUUAUAAGUAUAAAUUAUCUCGUUUUUUAAAUAGAAAAAAUGAAAUUAUUGACUUUAGAAAAUCACUAGAUAUUUUUUAUCAUGAGAAUGAUAUUAUUUCAGUUGUUAAGAGUAAUUUGGUUGUUUUUAUUCAAGGAAAUACCGGUUGUGGUAAGUCUACACAAAUACCUCAGAUGUUGAUGGAAUAUGGUUUUGCUAAUGAAAAGAAGAUAGUCAUGACACAACCAAGAAGGAUCAAUUGUGUAGGUGUAGCUAAUAGAAUUAACGAAGAAGUUAAUGAAAAUGUAUGUGGUUACAGGUAUAUGUUUGAAGAUAAAGUCAGUUUUGGUAAUAAAACUGUUGUAAUGACUGAAGCUUUAUUAUUGAUGGAGAUAAAAAAUGAUAAUUUGUUGAGUUCCUAUUCUGUUAUUAUAUUAGAUGAAGUACAUGAAAGAUCUAUAUAUAUUGACAUAUUAAUAUCUGUAUUAUCAAAAAUUGUUAAAAUUCGUAAAGAGAAAGGAGAUUAUUUAAGAUUGGUUUUUAUGAGUGCAACUGUUGAUAACAUAGAAAAUUAUAGAAAUCAUUUUAACUUCACUACACUUGAAAGUAUUUUAAUAGAAACAACUAAGAAAUUUAAAGUUGAUGAAAUAUUUUUAGGAAAUGAUAAAGAUUAUUUAAAAACGAUAACUGAAAAAAUUAUUUCCAUAAUAUUGAAGCCUGAUUUUGACAUGAUUAAUAAAUCAAUGUUGGUGUUUCUACCAUCAAAAAACGAAAUUUACUCUAUGAGAACUAAAUUACUUGAGUGUUGUAAAUUAUAUGAUUUGUUUGAAAACUCAUUAAUUGAUAUUGUCCCUUUACAUUCUUCAUUAAACAAAGCAGAGCAAGCAAAAAUUUAUAAAAAUAAUUUUAAAAUAAUUUUAGCAACCAACAUAGCAGAAACUUCAAUUACGAUCAAAGACAUCUAUUAUGUGUUUGAUUCAGGUAGAGUGAAAUAUAAAGUUUGUGAUGAAAGUAUUACAAAAUAUAAAACUGGAUUUAUUACUAAAUCAAGCGCAAAACAAAGAUCGGGUAGACUGGGAAGAGUUUCUGAUGGGAUUUGUUUUAGAGCUUAUAGUGCACAAAAUUAUGCUAAUUUUUCUGAAGAAAACGUUCCUCAAAUACAAAUGCAGGAUAUAACGAGUAUAAUUUUAUUUAUAAAAAAUUUAGGAUUUAGAAUAUUAGAUAACUUUCCUUGGUUUAGUAAACCCAGUGAGUAUAGUUUAAGUAGUUCACAAAACCAUUUGAGAUACUUGGGGUUCUUAGAUAAGUCAUAUAAUGUCACAGAUAUUGGUAUGGUUGCAUCUUUAUUUCCAGUAAAACCAAGACUUGCUAGAGUAAUACUUUCUUAUGAUAGAAGUAGUUAUAAUAUUUUUGUACUUGUUGCUAUUUUAUCUUUAAACAUAGAAUUAAAGGAAAAUACUUUUACUAUUCCUUACUAUCAUAAUUCAAAAAGUGACUACAUCGUGUUAUUAAAAAUUUAUAAAGAUUUUUUAAAUAGCAGUGAUCAAUCAAAAUUUGCAAGUGAUAUUAAGAUUAGCAUAAAUUUAUUACAUGAUGUAAAGAAAUUAACAAAUCGAUUGAUUUCUAUUUAUAAAAAAGUUGUUUAUUCUGAUUCGGUUAUUACAGAAGUAAUUAAUAUUUAUGAAUUUGAAACAGAACUCUCAGUAUUAUUAGCUAAUUUUAAGGAUCAAAUCGCUAUUAAAUAUAACGAUUUAUAUUUGUUUAGAAAUGAUGAAGUUUAUGUCGAUUCUAAUUCUAUUAAUACAGAAGCACAUAAGAUUGUUUUUGAGUAUUUGAUUUGUACAUCCAGUAAAGUUUAUUUAAAAAAUGUAAGUAUUCUUGAAGAUUAA